AUGUCGUUCAGCAGUGGCCAGGCGUCGAGCUCCAUAGACUUUUCGUCGGAGGCAUUCUCACGGGAAGGGUUUCAGCAGCCGCAGCAGAGACCACAUGCGAUGCACCAGCAUUCAUCUUUCACACAGCAGCAGCAGCAGCAGCCCCCGGCACAGAUGCAGCAGCACGGACGGUCACCGGUGCGCUCGGCCUCACAAGACGGCGACGGUAGCAGUCGGCCGCUAGUCGCCGGCAGCAGGUCCCCCCAAGGAUCUGUUGCGCCCGGCCCGCGCCCCGCUGCUGUGCGUGUGCCCGCAAUGCGCGGAGCAGCGGGUGGCGCGAGGGGGAGCUCCGCCGCAGCUUCCGCGAUUUCCUAUGGCGGCGGUAAAGUCGCGGACGAGGAGGAGGAGGAGGAGGAGGGCGAGGACGAAUACGAGGAGGAAGAGAGUCCGCAGCGGGUGGGGCGGCAGGAUUCGGUCCGAAGCUCCAUAUCUGACACCAGCGCCGACCGCGGGGGGUUGAUGGGCGGAAGGGGCGGGCUACGACCGCAGCGGAUGAAAAACGGGCCAGACGGGGGGAGCGCGUCAUUGCGCAUGCCCCCGCGGCCCCCCGGCGCGAACCCCGCGCCGUAUGCGGGGCCGAACCCCCCCGUCGACAGCCCGAUGGCCCGCCAGCAACACCGGCGAGGCGCGUCGUUCGACUCGCGCGUGGUUACGGAGUCGUUGAGUGGCCCGCCCGCAUUUCCCUCCCCCCCCUCCUCCUCCUCGUCAGGCGCGGUGACGUCAGGGGGUUCUGCUUCCGCGCAUGUGCUUUCGCAGUCGCGCUCGGCGAAUCUGUCCCGCACGCCGGUCUCCGGUGGUGCGCCGACCAGGGAUCCGCGCGCCUCAGCAGGAAGCAGCGGCCUUGCGGGGAACGCGGGACGCGCCGGCGGUGGCGAUGGUAACGUCGCGGUUAGCAGCGGUGCUAAUAGUGCUGGAAGCGGUGCUGCUUUUAACGCAAUUACGGGAGGCGGAGGCGGCACGAGGGGUCCGACGGGGUCGCAGGCUGGGUCGCAGGCUAGGUCGCAUUUGUCACAGGCAGGGUCGCAAGCUGGGUCGCGGCCGUGGCACCGCCGGUCGCUGUCGACGCCCGUAGAAGAUUUCGCGCCGCAAGUCGCCUCCCCCACCGCCAGGCCGUUGCCGUUUGGCAGAGGGGGAGCAGGGAGGGCAGGGGGGUCCGAGGGGGCAGGGGGGUUGGGGGGGUUAGGGGGGGUCGGGCGAGUAGGGGGAGGACCAGGAGCAGCGAUAUCCGCUCGCUCUCCGCCCCAGGCUCCAAGUUCCGGUAUGGGCGUGAGCAUGGGCAUGGGCAGCGGCAGAUUAGAUGCGCGGGUAGCAGCAGGAGCAAGGGGGGAAGCUCGCGGCAACAGCAACGCCAGCUUCAGCGGCAGUGGCGAUGAAGAGGACGAGGACGAGGACGAUGAUAGCAAUGAGCCGGUGGCAGUUCCAGCGAGGGCUGUGGGAAGGACCUCAGGCGCGACCGGGACUGGUCGAGGUGCUGCCGCUGCCCCUGCUGCCUCUGCCGCUGCCCCAGCAGCGCGCGGAAGAGGGCGGGGCAGAGGCGUGGAGGGGAGAGGAGAGAUGGCGUUCCGGGGCGGGCGCGCGAGAAUGGGCGGAAUGGGGGGGAUGGGGGGACGGGGGCGGGGGCGCGCGCACCACCGCACGUUUUCGGAGUCUCAGAUGGGGUUUUUGCACACCACUGAUUUCAGCUCCAUGCAGGAUGACGCGGAAGGUGGGCAGGCGGAGUGGGGUUCCGCCUCUGGCGCGCAGGGCGGUGGGGGAAUGCCAGGGGGGAUGGGCGGAGGCAGGGGCGCGGCAGGGGGGAGAGUGCUCGGGGGAGCAGCGGGGAAAUCGCGGUUUUUAAGCGUGCAGGAGACGAGACGAGGGGAGAGUGCGCUUAGCAGGUUGGGAGGGGGCAUUGGAGGGAGCGUGAGGGAAGUGCGUGACUAUAAUGAAGGGUCGGAAUGGAUGGGCGGGGAGUUGAGACGGCCUGCUGUGGCGCCAGUGCAAGGGAGUGGGGUGCGGAACGGCGAGGGGCGCGGGGGCAGGGCGGAGGAGUAUGAAAUAGAGGGCGGCGGCAGCGGUCGUGGUAGGGCCAUGGGCGGGCGGCACAGGCGAACGAGCUCGGAGUCGCAGGCAGCAGCAGCGUUCUACAGCGCACCAGGAGAUGACUUCUUCUGGAGCGGUGGGGGUGACACUGGUGCGUCCCCUGUGAGGCAGGGCGGGCAGCGGGCACUGGGGAAGCCGGGGCAGGGGCAAGGGCAGCAACGGCAGGAGGGCGUGGGGACAGGAAGGAGUUUGCAGAGAGUUGGGGGAGAGGGAGGGAGGGGCGGAGUUGACGUGGGGAGGGGGAGGAUGCAGGGUGCAGGUGGGCGUGGUGGCGCUGCUGGCGCUGGUUCCAGUGGGAGGGGUGCGGUUGGGCCAGGUGGGAGAGGGCAGGGGGGGGUGGGGAGAGGUGCAGGGGGUGUUGGCAGGGGUGGUGGCAGCUCUGUUAGAGCCCAGCAGCAGCAGCGACAGCAGCAGGGGCAGCCGGAGCAAGAGCAAGAGCAGGGGCAGUGGGGGGAGCAGGCAGAGGAGUGUGAGCCGCCGGAGCUGCAGAGGGAGCUGACGUUCCGAGUGAACCUGGAGGAGCCGGUGGUUGAGAAAGAACCCGCGCUGGAGCGCGAACUCACCUUCCGCAUGGGCGCCAGUUGA